CUGCGUUUGUCUUAGUUUUCUGUCAGCGCUUUUAUUUUGUCUUCAUUUCCUGAUUGUCUCCCUGAGUGCUGCUUCCCCUCAGCUGUGGCUGAUUGGCACCUGGCCACACCUGGUGUCAAUCAGCCAGCUGCUAUUUAAACCUGCCUUCCCCUCCAGUCAGUGCUGGAUUAUUGUCAUUGUCGAUGUCACUACUACCUGUCAUAAUACUUGUCGUUGUAGCUCUGUCUACUUUUGUUCACUCUGCUCAUGUCAUAGUUCCUUCGUGUCACAGGAUAAGGAUAUGUCAGGUUUCACUGCAAACCAUUUACCUCCAAAUGCUGCCCUACCUUCUCGAACUGCUCCUCCAGUAUACAACACAAACCCUCGGCCGGUAGGCCAGAGCAGGGGUUAUAAUGGGUUUAUUCCCAUACAAAACAGUUAUGUGCCUCUACAGAACACUUUCCUGCAGCCAAACCCAAUGAUGGCUCUGCACAGCAUGCACUUUGUACCCAUGGGCCAUCAGAACAUACAACCACUUCCGCAGAACAUCGAGACGCGUUCUCAUAUACCCGGCCAGACUAACUUUGUACCAGAGGUGAUGCUGCCUAAUGGCAUGAAAAUGUGUCCUGUUGGAUUACUGAAUGGAGAGCUGUUAUACAAAGUUACAGCUCCUUCUAACUUUACUCCUCCUCUUCCGCCCACCGUCCCCAAGACAAAGAAAAAAUUCAAAAAAGUUGACGAACCUUACACAGAGCAAACGUAUGUCAAGAAGCCUCUAAAUGCCUUCAUGUUAUUUUCCAAGGAGCAUCGGCAAGCGGUUAAGGAAAGGUCUACCUCAAUGAACAUUGCUGUUAUAAAUGAGACCUUGGGAAAAAUGUGGCAUUUGCUGCCUGAGGAGGAGAAGGCUAAAUACUACGUGUUAGCGGAAAAAGAGAAGAGAUUGCACUCCCAGCAGCAUCCAGACUGGUCCUGUCGCCACAAUUAUGGCAAGAAAAGGUACAAUAAAAGAAUUAGAGAUCUAACUACUGGCAGUGUGCAGGCAGAAUUGACGUCUGAACUUCAGGACGAAAAUGGACAUGUUGAAAGUGAGGGUGAGGACAGCCCUGCUUCCUUGACAGUGGAUUCACCAGCUGAGCAUCUCUCCAUAGAACUAACACAAACACCAAAAAUGCAAGAAUGACUUGCUUUGCCAUACCUCCGACCCAUAUGUCAAUUUCAUUUGUGAUGUCAGUGUUAAUAAUAUUACCUCUUAUUGUAUGCACAGUGACCACUUAACAGGCUAAAAGUUUUAUUUUUGUAUGAGAAAAGUUUG